AGGUACCGCAGAAAAAAGAUGCAUAAGGGAGACAAACCACUAAAAGAGAAAUAUAGAACAAAGAGACGAACUCGUGAUUUAGAUCAGAUCCACAAUGAUAUGAAAAGUCUAGACUCUUUGUUAAAGCAGGACGCUGACCUGGACAAACCAGGGGCUGCACAGUUUUAUUGUUUGACUUGUGCGAAAUAUUUUAUAAAUGACAAAUCCCUGGCAGACCACUUUAAAAGCAAGCCCCACAAAAGAAGGUUGAAGGCGCUUGAAACAGAACCCUACACACAGGAGGAGGCAGACAGGGCUGCAGGGAUGGGAUCGUAUGUUGCACCAAAGAAAGUCACAGUCCUACAGCAGAGUAAACCAAGUACAGAAGAAGAAAUGGCGCCUGUAGACACUUGACGCAUAGAUCUCUACGUGGGGGAGGGGGACUUGUUAUGCUUGUGUAUAAUGUACUUGUAUAUGAAAAUGUCCUUAAAGUUCAUCUUAUGCUUUUGUCAAGAAAAUAUUUUAUGUAGGUUUAAGUUGCACACAAUUUUCAACAAUAAUUUCUAUAUGCAUUCUACAUUUUUACCAGUAUUUAUAAAUACUUUUAAAUAUUUGUGCAGACAUUUCAAAAUACUUCAGGUUGAUGGCCAUUGACUGUUGAAGAUUCUCCUUCUUUGUAAAUAUUUGGUAACAUUAUUAUUACUGUCACUUCUUUUCUUUCAAGUCAAACCUAACUUGAAGUUAAUUCAGUCAUAAUAAGGUACCAAAAAA